CACAUGGUGGUUGAGAUGGGUACGGAGAGCCAUUUGGAUGGCUCUCUUUGUCUUUUGUCGAGGAGCGAGCUCGAGCGUAUUACUGCAAGAAAUGCCAUAGAUCUCUCGUGGUGUCACAAAUGAGAAGUAAGACGGAGAGGAUGUUGAAAGGAAUGCAUCGGUGUUAUCUACCCUCCAGGCCCACUCAUCUGAGUUAUAUACCUCCAUUGAGAUCGAUCACAACAUGUAGUAAGUGCUACCACGAUUGAGAGCUGUACUUACGUCCUCGCGACACUCACACUCAUCUAUGCUACCACGGCAGCAAUAGAAGAUCGCAGUAAUUUUGUUUUUGGAUUUUCCAGGAACGAUACUUCGUGCGCUUUUCCUUACAAACAUAAAACAAACUGAACAAAUCUCGAGUAGAAGUUCCUCUAUGUUCUUAAUCUGUCUCUGUCUCACGACGUGAUCUCACAAUGCGAGCCUCAUUCCAGCAACUGCGUGCUCGUGGUGCUGUUGCAGCCUCGAACACAGCGGCCUCCUCUUCGUCAUCCUCGUCUUCUCAUUUUGUUGCUCCACCUCGCUCGCGUGCGUAUGCUGCUCCCCGCCUACGUCCCUUCUCCGCUGUGGCCGCCCAACCCAAGUCGCUCCAGGAGGUGUGCAGCGACACGCUCGACGAGAUGAAAGCGAAGGGGACGUACAAACAGGAGCGCGUUAUCACCUCGAUGCAGGCGCCGGCGAUUCAGGUGGAGGGCUCGAAGCACAAGCAGGUGCUGAAUUUUUGUGCCAACAACUACCUGGGCCUUUGCGACAACAAAGAUGUCAUCGAAGCGGCAAAAAAGACCAUCGAUGACUACGGCUACGGCAUGAGCAGCGUCCGCUUCAUUUGCGGCACGCAAACGUUGCACAAGCAGCUGGAGGCGGAAUUGGCGAAAUUCCACGACCAGGAAGACUGCAUUCUUUUUCCGUCCGGCUUCGAUGCGAACGCGGGUUUCUUCGAAGCGAUUCUCUCGGAGGAGGACGCGAUCAUCUCUGAUUCCUUGAACCACGCCAGCAUCAUCGACGGGGUGCGGCUGUGCAAGGCGAAGCGCUUCCGGUACCAGCACCUGGAUUUGGGUGAUUUACGCGCGCAGCUAACAGAAGCAGCGGCGAAAGGCGCUCGUCUGAAAGUGGUCGUCACGGACGGCGUUUUCAGUAUGGACGGCGACGUGGCGCCGCUGGCGGAAAUCCGGCAGGUGGUGGACGAGUUUCCCAACACCUAUCUGUACGUGGACGACUGCCACGCGACCGGGUUCCUGGGGAAGACGGGAAAGGGCACCAGUGAGAUGUUCGACAACGUGAAGAUCGACUUUUUGUCGACGACGCUAGGGAAAGCCCUCGGCGGCGCAACAGGAGGGUACGUGGUUAGCUCGAAGGAAGUCGUGUCCGUGCUGCGCAACAAGGCGAGGACAUACCUGUUCACGAACACGAUCGCACCGGUCGUAGCGGGCGCAUCGCUGAAGGUGCUCGACAUGCUGAAGGAGUCGGAUGAGCUGCGAACAAAGCUGCAGGAAAACACGCACUAUGUGCGACAACGGUUCACCGAGGCGGGCUUGACAGUGCUCGGGCAUCCGGACUGUCCGAUCGUGCCAGUCUACCUCGGCGAUGCACUGGUAAGUACGAUAGGUCAGCUGCUGCUGCUCCUGCAUCAAAAAUAUCAUUAAAAACAAUGACAUGCAUCAAUAGACACUGCGCUUUUACUUGCUUUUGCUUGUUUCUUGUAUUUUGAGCGCCUCAACGCCAAGAACAAGGAAAAACACAAGUCUAUACAAACUGACAAAUUUAGGUUGCGCAAGCGAUGUCUGCUAAUCUUUUGGAGCGCGGGAUUCUUGCGAUUGCUUUCUCCUACCCAGUUGUCCCGGAAAACGCCGCGCGGAUCCGCUUUCAGAUUUCCGCAGCACACACUCAGGAGCAACUGCAGAAGCUGGUCGCAGCGGUUAUCGGCGCUUCAAAGGAGGUCUCAGGGAAGUAGUAGGACUAGUUUUACUAGUUUUGAAACAAGAAAAUAGUAGAAGAUGGACAAGCAAACUUCAUCUUCAACUUCGUCUACAACUACAUCCUCCUCAUCUCGUGCCUCUUCUUCAUGUGGGCCAUGCCCAUGCUUCUUCGACAUGUUUUUACCGACGAAAGUGAGGACGAAGUCCCGCGAACUUAACGACUAUGCGUCUCUGAUGAAGAUGAAAAAUACAUCAAGGUCGGCACCAUGGAAGUGAACAAGACCGCUGCCUACGAUCAGCGCGCAGAAAGAACGCGCAUUGAAGCAGAAAACCAAAGGGCGGCAGAUUUGAAAAAGGAGAAAGACCGUCAGCGUUUGCUGGAAAGAGUGAAAAACAAAAAUCCCAGUUUCCGAUCAAGAUAAUGGUGGAGACAAUUACGCUAAAGCUCGUUUUUUGUACUGAUGACAAAGCUGAUGAAAGGAAAUAUUGGAUUGACAGAACAAUGGUGAAGACCAAUUCUACGUUUACUUUUUCAAGAACACUUGGAGCCAAUUAGGCUAUUUGUAAAGGUUUCAACUUCAUAUACUUCUUCCUUGUGGCAAGCGCUAGGAGCCAGAAGUUGUGUAAUAUCUUCAGGCUCGCCGCCCACCCCCGCCGCUGCUCGAACCGGUCUGCUGAAUAUCGCGGUUGUCGGCAUAAGCUGAAGCUGACGAGAACUUCUUGUGCGUGUUCCUCCUUGUGGUGUGCCAUCGGAGUGUUUUUUCGACAACAGAGGCAGCUCUUUCCUUCAAGCAAUGUCAAAGACUUGGACAUCACCACUUGCACUUCACAAAAUUGGAUCUAAAAAAAAACUUCGCGGCCUGCGCCUCCUAGACUUAUCAAGUUUUUCAAAUCAAUACACAGAGUUGUAGAAAAUCAAAGACCACAAGAUGGGUAAUUCCUCAAGUUCGUCAGCAGGUACUCAAGUGGACAUUGCCACCAGCGGCAAUUCCAGGUCAUCCGGGCUAACAAGCGGGACAUCAAACACAAAGAGCCAGCAGCUUGGCAUACUUUCUGGUAAACCGAUCUGCUGCGUGUGCAAAGAGACCAAGGCCGCACGGGACGAAUGCGUUGUGCGAAACGGCGAGGAGAGAUGCACGCAAUUCAUAAACGCGCACGACCAAUGCCUCAGAAUGGAGGGGUUUGACGUUUUGGAGAAAGCCUCGAAUGGCAGUUCGGCGACGCCGUCGCCGCGCGCGUGAUGAAGUAGAUAAGGCGGCACUGCCUCUCCUGCGACGUUACGAUCAGUCGAUGUCAAUGUUUUAGGUGGCGCACUACGAGACAGCUCUUUCUGCCAGUGAAAAAACCAAAACAAAACCUGAAAGCCCUCCCUGCUGAGGAGAAGAACUUGCAAGCC